AUGGGAGAGCAUGGACCGAGACAAUCUCACUCUCAUCUUCUACUUCUGUUCUUCACCAUCUUAUUCCCAUUCUCACUUGCCCAAGAAACAGUUGGCUUUGGCUAUGUGAUUCAACCCAUCAUUUUUUUAGCCAAUAAUUCUUUGCAAGCUAAUCUUAGCCUCAUCAAUAGUUCAUCUGUUUUCGGAGCUGAUGUUCAAAGUCUCAGUCUUUUGGUCAGCUUUGAAACGAAUGAGCGUCUAAGAAUCAGAAUAACAGAUUCUCAAGCACAAAGAUGGGAGAUCCCACAAGAAAUCAUUCGCCGGGAAAGCCUCCCGUCGUCGGAACAGUUCAACUCAGGAGCCCUUCAAGAAAAUCAAAACCUCACCACCGCCACCUCUGACCUUGUUUUCACCCUUCACAACACUACUCCUUUCGGCUUCUCCGUCUCACGCAAAUCCAACGGCGACGUCCUCUUUGAUUCGUCGCCGAACACGACCAACUCAAGCACUUUCCUGGUCUUCAAGGAUCAGUAUAUCCAGCUCUCCUCCUCACUUCCUCUAAACAGGUCUUCCAUCUAUGGCCUCGGAGAGCACACAAAAAGUUCCUUUAAGUUGAGGGCAAGCGACAAGUUCACUUUAUGGAAUGCAGACAUUGCAAGCGUGAACCGUGAUGUGAAUCUUUAUGGAGCUCAUCCAUUUUACAUUGACGUCCGAUCAGCUUCAUCCGAUGGCAGAGUUCCGGCGGGGACUAGUCACGGUGUUUUAUUGUUGAAUAGUAAUGGUAUGGAUAUAAUCUACGACGGUAACAGAAUAACUUACAAGGUAAUCGGUGGCGUUAUUGACUUGUAUAUUUUGGCUGGACCAUCUCCGGACACGGUGGUACAGCAGUAUACAGAACUUAUCGGCCGGCCUGCCCCUAUGCCAUACUGGUCUUUUGGAUUUCACCAGUGUCGAUAUGGGUACAAGGAUGUUUCAGAUCUUGAAGGCGUGGUUGCUGGCUAUGCAAAUGCCAGCAUCCCACUUGAAGUUAUGUGGACAGACAUUGAUUACAUGGAUGGCUUUAAGAUUUUCACCUUCGAUCCCAUUAACUUUCCUGUAGAUCGUAUGAAAACUUUUGUAGACAAACUUCAUCAAAAUGGACAAAAAUACAUUGUUAUUGUGGAUCCUGGUAUUGGAGCAAAUGAUUCCUAUGCAACCUAUAGGAGAGGACUGGAAGCUGAUGUGUAUAUUAAACGUAAUGGUGUUCCUUACUUGGGACAAGUUUGGCCUGGACCUUGCUACUUCCCUGAUUUUCUGAAACCUGAAACAACAACGUUUUGGACGGAUGAGAUCAAACAGUUUCUUCAAGUUCUUCCUGUUGAUGGUCUAUGGAUUGACAUGAAUGAGAUAGCCAAUUUCAUUACUUCCCCAUCAAACUCCACCACCUUUGAAGAUCCUCCUUACAAGAUUAACAAUGGAGGAAACCAGAGGCAACUCAGCGAUAGAACAGUACCAGCAAAUGCUCUGCAUUUUGGAAACGUUACAGAAUACGAUGUUCAUAAUUUGUAUGGACUGCUGGAAGCUAAGGCAACCCAUGCAGCCUUGUUAAAUGUGACUGGGAAGAGGCCAUUUGUGCUUUCUAGAUCAACUUUUGCGAGUUCUGGUAAUUAUACUGCUCAUUGGACUGGAGACAUUGGCUCUUCAUGGGUUGAUUUAGCCAACUCCAUUCCUUCCAUUUUGAACUCUGGAUUAUUUGGAAUACCAAUGGUUGGUGCGGAUAUCUGUGGAUUUAUUGGAAGCACAAAUGAAGAACUCUGCAGGCGUUGGAUUCAGCUUGGAGCUUUUUACCCCUUUUCGAGAGAUCACUCAGACAAGAACAGCAACCGUCAAGAGCUCUAUCUCUGGGAAUCAGUAGCAGCAUCAGCAAGAGAAGUGCUAGGACUCCGAUACAGAUUGCUUCCAUACUUCUACACAUUAACAUACGAGGCACACACCAAGGGAACCCCCAUAGCAAGGCCACUUUUCUUCUCAUUUCCUGAAGAUAUCAACACUUACGAAGUCAGUUUUCAGUUUCUAAUCGGCAGAUGUGUACUGGUCUCCCCGGUGGUGACUUCAGGAGCAGUAUCAGUCGAUGCAUACUUCCCAGCAGGAAACUGGUACAGCCUCUUUAAUUUCUCCAAUUCAAUCAACGUAACCUCAGGGCAGAACAUCACACUCGAUACGCCAACAGAUCAUACAAACGUGCAUGUCUAUGAAGGUAACAUCUUGGCCUUGCAAGGAGAAGCUUUGACAACUGAAGAAGCUAGAAAGACAGCAUUUCAUCUGCUGGUGGUGAUUAGCAGCAAAGGAAACAGCACUGGAGAAGUUUUCUUAGAUGAUGGAGAGAGCGUGGAAAUGGGUGGAGUGGGUGGGAAUUGGAGCUUGGUGAAAUUUAAUGGAGGAGUUGUUGGAGAUAAAGCAGUGGUUGAAUCAAGCAUCGUCAAUGGAGAAUUUGCUUUGAAUCAGAAAUGGGUCAUUGGCAAUGUGACAUUUAUAGGAUUAAAAAAUGUCAAGGGUCUGUUGGGAUUUGAAUUGCACUUGAAAAAUGAAACAAGGAAUGGAACUGCAAGCUUUGAUAACAGUGCUCAGAUUGCUAACUUGGAGAUUUCAGAGUCCUUGUUUAUUGGAGAGGAAUUCCAAUUGGAUCUUAAAUUGAGCUUGUAA